AUGUCAGUUGUUGGUUCUCUUAUAUUUUGUUUAGAUUGUGGUAACCUAUUAGACAACCCAAACACAGUCCAAGGAGACCUAGUGGAGUGUAGUCAAUGUCAAGCCACAUAUCCAAAGAAGAACUUCACCAAUCUGGAAGUCGUGACAACAACCGCAGACGACGCUUUCCCAAGUGCAUUGAGAUCCAAGAAAUCAGUAGUCAAGACCUCACUAAGGAAAGAUGAGUUGAAAGAAGGAGCCAUCAUUAAAGAAAAGUGUCCUAAGUGUGGUAACGAUGAAAUGCAUUACCAUACUCUACAACUAAGAUCUGCUGAUGAAGGUGCUACUGUUUUUUAUACUUGUACCAAAUGUUCCUACAAAUUCAGAACCAAUAACUAA